GCUACCUCGACCAUGGCCUCACGAGAGGAGGAACGGCAUACUUCUGCGCAGCAGACACUCGACAUUUUGCAUGAUAUGUCUCAACUUCUCAACACUGGUUUAGACAAGGAGACGCUGGCGACUUGCAUUGGAAUGAUCGAAAGCGGUGUCAACCCAGAGGCGCUUGCAGCCGUCAUUCAGGAGCUGAGAAGGGAGGCUGCUGCACUUCGGGUCAAUCCACAGCCACCCGUUCAGGAUCGGUGGAGAUGAUGCUUUCGAACCACGAGUUCAAGCUUGCGAAUUACUGCAGGAUUUGACAACGGAACGAACAAGCGCCGGAUCUCUACGAGGUGCAGGGCACACUUCAAUAUCUUCUUGCGGAGAUACCGGUCAACUCAGAAGGCAUAGAACUGUCGUGAAUCGGUCCCCGGGGAGCCUGAGACUGGUCGGCCGUACUUCGGUAUCCGUGUGUAAACUGAUAGGACGGCUGCCUUUGGGAGACAAAUAAGUACUUCGGCGGGUUGCUUCAAUACUGGCCUCCCUGAUCGCAGUGGCUGUGCCGAGCGCUUAUAGUUACAAUCUUCCUUAGGCACGAUUCGACUGUAUUUCUUUCUACUAUAACUUUAUCCAAACAUGGCACCGUCCAAGACGAACAAAUC